GCCGUAAGCGACGCUCGCCCCUUCCCUACGCCAGGCCGUAGGGAGAGGGGAAAAGUUCAGGCCGAAAGAAUUUCGGAUGCGCCCCCAGGGGUUGUUUUGCCAAGACGCUCCUAUUGCAAAAUCUGCAGUUGAAAAGAAACAUUUUUUUAUAAGAAGAGAAUGGAUGGAGAAGAGAAGACAUACGGUGGGUGUGAGGGCCCAGAUGCUAUGUAUGUGAAGUUAAUAUCCUCUGAUGGCCAUGAGUUCAUUGUAAAAAGAGAGCAUGCAUUAACAUCAGGAACAAUAAAAGCUAUGUUGAGUGGACCAGGUCAGUUUGCAGAAAAUGAAACAAAUGAGGUCAAUUUUAGAGAGAUCCCAUCCCAUGUCCUAUCCAAAGUAUGCAUGUAUUUCACCUACAAGGUCCGCUAUACUAACAGCUCUACGGAGAUUCCUGAAUUCCCAAUUGCACCUGAAAUUGCACUGGAACUUCUGAUGGCUGCAAACUUCUUAGAUUGUUAAAUAAAAUAAAUUAUAAUAAAAAAUGUAAAACUUUUUUCAGUAUUUAAUACAUGUAGUUCAGUUAGUAACUUUUUUCAGAUAGCAUGUUGCGUGUGUGCUGUUGAGAACUGUAAAGUUCACUGCAGAGGCAAUUGCCUUCAGUUCUUUUGCAUAUAGCAAUCAUUCAGUUGGAGUUUGUUUUGCUGCUUACACAAAUAAGGACCUUUUCACAAACUGAGACAAAUAAACAAAUAUGCCAAUUAGUAGAUGGCUAUGCCUUAUCCUUUAGGUGUGGUAGAACUUUCUUUUAAUACAAUGGCUGUAGCAAAUACUGGAGUUUAGUCUAAUACUCUCUAAAAGAUAAUUAUAGUUACAUUUGAGUAGCUGUUAAAGGUUUCUAGCUUUCUCUUAUUUUUAAAGUUUCUAAACAUCUGAACUUAAUCUCCUUUGUAAGAUAGCUGUCCUGUAGCAUAGUUACACUAACUAGAUUAGAAGUGCCCUCUUUAUAUACUAUCAGUGAUAUUCCAUUUAGGUUUAAAGUGGAGUAUGUAGGAGAAUGCUUAAAGCUUUUAAUUUAAGUCAUAGUUUAGACAUGUGCAAAGGUGUACUUGAUAACAUUUUGCUUCUAUAACCUCAAUUUACCCCAUUAGUAAUUUCAAAUAUUCCAGUUACUUGUCUGUACAGUAAGACUGUGAUCCUACUGACAGUGACUUUUAAGGGGCAAAGUAACUCUUAAAAUCUGUGUAUAUUAUCUUCUAUAUAACAUAUGUGCUUUUUCUUAAUAUACUGUCACUUGACUUGAUAAGGAUUUUAUAUAGCUUCAGUUAUGGUUUAUUUCCAUUGUUCUGAUUGUUUAUGUAAAGUCUGUAUUUAAUCUCUAGAGUAGUAGAGUCAUUUAGUAGUCAUUUAAAUUUUGUAACAUAACAACUGAAAAAAUAGAAGUUGUCCUACCUUUUACCUCUUCCUCAACCUCUCCCUUGUAACCCAUAGCAAAAGACCCUGAAAUGUGGAGGUCUUUUAUAUUUGAAGGAAAGGACAUUAAGCAGAUGUUUUAGGAGCUGUUUUAUAAAUUUCAUAGGUAUUUCCAGUGUUUUUAAAAAUGUUUUAGGGGAAAAAGAUUGGCAAGCCACUGACAUAAUACUAGAGUGGAAUAUGUUAUGUCUUGGUAGAUCCUGCUGACAGUGGCCUGUAGUAUCAGUUCUUUGUUCAAAACAAGUUUCCAUAAAGAAAACAAACAACUUAAGACAAAAACUUGCUUAUUGUUCAGCUGCAGCCUGAAGAACCCUUCUGCUAAAAUCAUCUGUAAAUGAGAAUGCAACCAAUGCAUCAUGAGAAAUGAUGCAAGAACAAUGUAAUUAGAAUUUCCAUCAGCUGCCACUGCUUCAGCUUUGUUUUGAUCAAGAAGUGAUUGUGGUCUAUCAUGGAAAAAUCCCAUCAACUGAUGGUGGAACCUCUUUCUAGAUGUUUUAACUCACAGUUAAUUUAGAGGGCUGAAACUCUCCUCUAAACCUGUUUGUCAACAUGAAUGCAACUUGGAAGAGAUUUUCCUGGGUGAAAACUAGUAGCUUAGAUAGACUAUGCAGUCUGCCCAUGGAGGAGGUCAGUUAUGACAAGUGAAAUUUUAUUCUGGGCUUAAACAAUGCUGACGUUUGUCAGUGUGUUGGUAGAUUAGCUGACAUUUAUUCACGUCACAUACUUUAGCACAAUUUAAUGUGUUUAAUGUGGGGAUGUUUGUGACUAGAUUGGCUUUGCACGGUAAAGCUGAAGUGCAUUGUAGGGUGAUUGUCUGAAAUUCCAUGUGUAAGCACUCUGGUCAGUGCUGUUAGUAACUCAUUUUCAAGAGCACUAGAAUGAUAAACCAGAGAUACCCUGUUAUGCUGCUUUUGUUAGAGCCGCUAGGAAUACCCUAAAAGGUCAAGGAAUACCAACAUGGAUAUUUUAGUCACAACUACAUAUCAGUCUGAGUGAGUCUUAAGUUCACUAGCCAUUUUUAACAGUCUUGAGGCUAAUGACUUCAGGCUAAACAUUAUUUCGUUUUAAACUAAGGCAAAAAGGAUGCCAUUUUUUAAAACAGUGGGCUUUUUCUUCUUUUCUUUUUUCUCUUCCCCUUUUUAAGCAUUCUAGAACAAUUUCCUUGAUUUUGUUAAAAUACAUUUGCAUUUGAAGAUUCUGUACUUUAGCAGUAAGGUAAAAUAGCUGGUUUAGCUCUGAAUAAUAAUUUUGUUGGUUUUCUUUAAGCUUAAUGUAUUAUACAGUAGCUUUGAACACUCAGGAAUUGCAGUAGUGUCCUAGAGUGCACUAUUUGCAAAACCACCGGCUGUUAAAAUGAACCAGAUUUCUAAGGGGGAGGGGGGCAGGGAGAAUUAGUGCAAUUUCCAUGGUAGUUAAAUGGGUAUGCUAUUAUCAGACAAUUGGAAACUUACCACGCUUAACCCCUGAGUUCUAAAUAAAUUUCAAAGUUGAAAAUUUUUAAA